ACCCUCUCCAAUUUAUAAACAUCCUUCAUGAAUUGUGGGCACCAGAACUGGACACAGGAUUCCAGCAGUGGUUGCACCAGUGCCAAAUACAGAGGUAAAAUAACCUCUCUGCUCCUAUGUGAGAUUCCCUAGUUUAUGCAGCCCAGGAUCACAUUAGCUCUUUUGACCACAGUAUCACACUGGGAGUGCAUGUUCUGCUGAUUAUCCACCAUGACUCCCAAAUCUUUUUCAGAGUCACUGCUUCCCAGGAUAGAGGCCCCCAUCCUGUGCGUAUUACAAUCUUUGCUCCCAAAUGUCCACAUUUACACUUAGCUGUAUUAAAACACAUAUUGUUUGCUUGUGCCCAGUUUACCAAGCCAUCUGAAUCAGUGACCUUUUCAUUACUUAACCACUCCCCCAAAUUUGUGUCAUCUGUUGCCCUUCUCUGUACCUUUUCCAAUUCUAAUAUAUGUUUUUGAGAUGUGGUGACAGAACCUCAUGCAGUAUUCAAGGUGUGGGCAUGCCAUGGAUUUAUCCAAUGGCAUUAUGAUAUUUACUGUCUUAUUAUUUAUCUGUUUCCUAAUGGUUCCUAAUACUCUGUUCGCUUUUUUGACUGCUGCUGCACUUUGGGCAGAUGUUUUCAGAGGACUAUCCAUGAUGACUCCAAGAUUUCUUUCUUAAGUGGUAACAGCUAAUUUAUACACUGUCUCCUGCAGCAAUGCAUGGCCACAGCCCUAUUCCAUGGGUCAUGCCCUCUCUCAUACCACCCGUGCCAGCCUCAGCCCCUAUCCCACAGGCCACACCUCCUCCUCUACAGCCCAUAGCAGCCUCAGCCUGCAUGGCCACACUCCGGUCCCAUAGGCCAUGCCCCAUGCUUGUUCCCAUACAACCCACACCAGUCACAACAACACAUGGCCAUGUUCCCAUCCCACAUAACCCACACAAGCAUCAGCCUGUAUGGCCAUACCCCCGCACCAACCCAUACCAGCCUCAACCACGCUCCUAUCCCUUUUCCAUGAAACAAAAGUGUUGUUCUUUUUCUUCCUCAGUCAAGGGUGCCUGGGUAUCUUUGCCUCCAAAACAUAGUGGCUCAACCCUUUGAUGUCUACCUGCAGAUAAGGUCUCUCUCAUCCCCCAGCUGCUUUGUUCUUCCUAUUUAGUUUGUUUUGAAAUUCUUACAAUCCUUCAUUUGCAUUCAGUCCAGACUGGUGAUAAGGCACCCACUGUGAAACAUACAAUACUUAAUUUAUGUGGAAACUGCCCGAUAGAGAAACAUUUCUUGUUGGAGAGAAACCUGUUCUUCUCCUUUGCUGGUGCCAAGUCUCUAGACACAGUCUUGAGUAUAUUUUCAGUAUAUCUACAUAACUCUUUACAUAGUACCUGUAAGUACAUUUCACAAUGAUAGUAUUGACCAGUGUGACACCAGCUUUUAUUUGAGACCUCCCACAACAUUCUUUGGUGAACCAGAAUGUAUACGCCAGAAUCAGGAGAUUCCAGUGACCCCUCUGCACCCCCUUGUCAGUUGGCAUUAAGAGGUUUGUGGUGUGUCUGUACUGGGUGUGCACUAAGUGAGUGUUGGGCUGUGUGUGCUGGGAGAACACUUGGCAUGGUGGGUGGGUGUGUAACCACUGGGUGUGUGCUGGCUGUGGUGCGUGUUGGGUGCAUACUGACAGUGCACUGGGUAUGGUGUGUAUGUGUCUAUGCUGGGUGGGCACUUGGUGUACGCACUAGGUGUGCACUAGGUAUGGCAUGUGUGUGCGCUGGGCAUGUUCUGAUAUUAACCCUCAGCUCACAUUUCCUGUUCCCCACAGAGCUCCCCUCGAGGAUGCUGGACUCUCCCAUGGAGCUGGAGCCAGGCCCUGGGCCAGAGCCAGUGUCUCAUGACCCCGACGGGAGCUGUCGGAGAGGGGCAGCCAUCACUGUGUCCAGGAAGCAGAGCUGGGCCAGGUUCUCAUGUGGCAUCCGGGACGUGCCAUGUAGCUCUUACAGCAGGAAGGUGCCUGCCAGUCCCACGGCCUCCGCAGAGCUGCAGGAUGAGGGUGAAGGGGUAGGGCCAGGGCGAGAGACUGACGGGGACCCCCAGUGCCCUCUGCGGCCCCAGGAGCAGUUCUUCCCCACCCACACAGGGGGGCCAGCCCUUGAGGAUGAGGCAUGGCUUGUGGAGAGCCCCCCAGCCGCAGCACCCCCCACCCCUCAGCCCGGCUUGGCCCCUGGUGAUGAGGAGGCUGAGUCAAUGUGCAGGUAUGUGGAGCUUUGCGCCUCCGGCAGUGCUGUGAGAUGUGCCAGUCAUGGUGCCUACUUGCAGAACCUGGAGAGGAGCAGCCGCCACUGGAUCCUCUCCUCGGGCAAGGCCCAGGGCCCGGAGGAGCUGGCCCCCAGCGCCAGCACAGAGCUGAAGGAGGUGGGCGCCAUGGGCAGCGAAGGGGAGAUCUGGUACAACCCUAUCCCUGAAGAUGAGGACGUUGUGGGUGUCAGGCAAGGCACCGAGCCCGGCAGCUCCUGGAGGAAGUGGGGCAGUGGCACAGGGAGCCGGGAAUCUGACAGGGACAAGGCCAGGCCCAGCAGGGCAGAGCCAGGUGAUGAAGAGCCCCCCAGGAGCAUCGCCAGGCAAGUGGAGAGCCCCAGCUCACAGAAUGCACCUACCCCAGCUGGGCCAGUGGGUCGAGGCGAGGAGACGGGUGCCGGCAGGACUCAGGCCUAUGGGAAGUUGCCGAUUUCAUGUGUGAGCGCGGCUGUGGGGUUGGCUGGCCCAUCCCCCCCGCUGAGCCCCACCGUCUCCAAGAAGGGGCGCUCCCUGGGCAGAGUGAAGUCCCCGGGAACCGUGCGCCGCCUUUCCCUGAAGAUGAAGAAGCUGCCUGAGCUGAGGAGGAAGCUAAGCCUGCGUAGUGCCCGGCCCCGGGGGCAGGAGCCUGAGGGCAGUGGCAGCACCUCACCCCUGGAUGCCCGCAAGGAGCCAGGGAAUGUCAUCAGCCGCUACCACCUGGACAGCAGCGUGGCAUCCCAGCAGGGCCCGCACCGUGCCAAGGCAGCCAGCAAGGGCGGCUACCUGAGUGAUGGUGACUCCCCUGAGCUGCUGGCCAAAGCGGACAAGCGUGCCUGUCCUGGGCCAGAGGGGCAUGAGCCUGGGGCCAGGCUGGACGUGGAUGCCUUCCAGCCCUACAGCUCCUUGGAACAGCCGCGCUGUGUGCAGCCCAUCUCGGGCCUAGUCAGUGUCCACCUGCACGGUGUGGGGGACCUUAAGCCCCCAAAGGCUGAGUCCAGGGAGGUGUUCUGCGUCCUGCAGGUGGACGCAGCCCCCAAGGCGCGCACGGCCCUGCUGCCAUGGACAGCUGCCUUCCUCAGCCUCAACCACACCUUCAACUUGGAACUGGAGGGGGCCCGACACCUCAAGGUCAUUGUCUUCUCCUGGGACCUGGCUACCUGCCGGAACCGUGUGUGCUGCCAUGGCACCAUUGUCUUGCCCCACAUCUUCAGAGGGUGCAGGGCCCAGCAGCUGGCAGUGCGGCUGGAGCCGCGCGGGCUGCUCUACUGCAAGCUGAUGUUGGUGGAGCAGUGGGACAUGCCCAGCAGCCCCAGUGACCGGGAGCCCCGGGUCUUUGGCGUGGAGCUGCGUCACUUGGUGGAAAGAGAGAACACUGCCACCAAGGUGCCGCUGCUGAUCCAGAAAUGCGUUUCCCAGAUCGAGAAGCGGGGACUGAAGAUUGUAGGGCUUUACCGGCUGUGUGGCUCGGCGGCUGUGAAGAAGGAGCUGCGUGAUGCCUUCGAGAGGGACAGUGCUGCUGUGACGCUCUCUGAACAGCUGUACCCAGACAUCAACGUCAUCACAGGGAUCCUGAAGGACUAUCUGCGGGAGCUGCCCACGCCCCUCAUCACCAAGACCCUUUACCAGGUGGUGUUGGAGGCCAUGGCCCAGCGACAGCCCCAAGACAUGCUUAGCAGGCAGAAUGCGAAGGAGACGGUCGCUCUGCUGGACUGCCUGCCGGAGAUCGAGAAGGCUACGCUGACGGUGCUGCUGGACCAUCUCAGCUUGGUGGCCUCCUUCCACGACUUUAACCGCAUGAACUCCCAGAACAUUGCCGUGUGCUUCGGGCCAGUGUUGCUCAACCAGAAUCAGGAGCCAUGGCGCCAGAGGGCCCGCAGCUACGCCCACUGUGAGGAGAUCUCCAGUGCUGUCGACUUCAAGAGGCACAUUGAGGUGCUGCACUACCUGCUGCAGGCCUGGCCUGCCCCCUACAGGAAAGGGCGUGGUGUGGAGGGCCGGGAAAGGGCUCAGUCCAGCUGCCUGCGGCAGAGGCGCCGUCCUGCCCUGCGGCUGGAUCUGCUGGGGAGUGAGGUGGUGGCUCGUCACCGGCCCCGAGGCCUGGAGAGCCCCCCCACCAACCGCUAUGCUGGGGAGUGGAGUGUGUGCAGCCAGGAGUAUGGGCUGGUGGCCGGGCCGGGGCACGAGGUCAACUACACCGAGGUGGCCGGCAGCGACAGCGAGAACGAGGUGCUGGACCUGCGGGAAGGGCUGGGCGGCCCCAGCCAGACGGUCUUUGUGGGGGACUUUGCCUUGGUCGACGACCCUGAGGCGCCCUUCAGCCCCCGCCUCAACCUGAAGGACUUUGAUGCCCUCAUCCUGGACCUGGAGCGAGAGCUCUCCAAGCAGAUCAAUGUGUGCCUGUGAGUGGCCUGGCUGCUCCACCACAGUGCCUGGCUCUCCCUGCCCCUACGCUCCCUGGGACCGUCCACAUCCCCUGCCGGGCUCCAGUGUCACCAAAACAUGAGCCAGCAGGGGAGGUGCCAGGCACCAGAUGGUGGGGCUUCAGCUAAAGAAUUUUAGGCUCCAUGCUCAGGAGCCUGGCCCAGCCCUGUAGCAGGCGAUGACUCAGGCCGUCAGCCUUAAUCCAGCAACCUGCCCAGGAGCAGGGACCCUGAGCAGCAGGUACAGCGUACGGGAGGUGUUCUCAUGCUCUCUCGUGGGCUCCAGCACACUUUGCCCUCUAGGCUUGAGCUUGGGAGAGACCAACACAGUGCACGCCUGGGUGUGGCCGUCGAGCUUCCAGGGGCACGCGCCCAGGCAUGGCCACCGAGCUCCCAGUAUUAAUAGGAACUCAGAGAUUAAGCCAAAGCCAUUUGGAGUGUGACCAAAUUUGUGUAGCACUUGGCUCUCGCAGCCUUUUGAUUUGCACAGCAUGGAUGGGGGCUUGGAGACACCAGGGCAGUGCUCCACCAGGCCAGUGUGUGGCAGCUCACUGAAGUUGGGGCUCUGGGGCUGGAGUAUGGAUGAGGGGCUGAGCCAGCCAGGGGGCUGCACUCAGGGUCACUCACUGCUGCAGUGUUUGUCACUCUCAGCCUACCGUGGGUGAUGUAGUAGUGCUAUCUGGCUACAGGGCAGCAUCACAGCCCUGUGUGAUGGGCUGGAAGGAGCCUGGCUCUCUGCCCUGGGGCGAUACCAUGUGCAGGGAGUGCACAGGGCAGGGGGAGCGGCUCCCUCCUGAGCCUUCUUUUCUCUGGAUCUCAGAAGCCAAAGAAUCAGCCUGUGAGCCUGAGCCUGUCCCCUGACUGGACUGGAGCAGAAGUUUGUGGGCACUGCUUGUGUGACCCUGGCAGUGGGCUUUCCAGGCUGUAGAAGCUGUGCCAAUAUGGUGCUUCAUGCAGGCUAGUCAGGAAGGCAGCGCCAGGCCCUGGGCAUGGUACAGGGGGUGGGUCAGGAGCACCAUGCUGUGGGACUGGCCUCGCUGUCAGUGUUUUGCUACUAACACUGUGUCCCACUUGGGUGGGGGGGCAGCCUUGGGCCAGGAGAGAGCCAGGGCUAAGGCCUGUUCCUGGCCUCCCUCCAUCCCAGGCGAGGCAUCCCCCCUGCAUAGUGUUAGAAUAUCGACAAGGGUCCCUGACCUCCAUCAUGUGUGCUCUGCUCCGGGGCUGCUUCACACAGAAGCCACAAUCUACUGCACCCUGCCAGGGAGGAAGAGGGGCCGUGCCAGUUAUGGCAGCUCACUCUCAGCUUGCCAUGGCGUUAGUUAGUAUCUUGGUGCCAUGUUUACAUCCUCCCCCAACCUGACAAUACUCCAGGCUCUUUACUCCAGGCUCCCCCAGCCUGGCUGCUGCCUCCAAUCCUGCUUGGCUGCAGCUCUUGGUGGAACAGUGAGGGGAGACUAGGGUGACCAGAUGUCCUGAUGUUAUAGGGACAGUCCUGAUUUUUGGAUCUUUUACUUAUAUAGGCUCCUAUUACUCCCACCCCCUGUCCUGAUUUUUUAUAUUUGCUGUCUGGUCACCCUAGGGGAGAAUGGGCUGCAGCCCUGGGAUCCCAUGGCACGUGGACAGACCAGCAUGAGGCAAGAGAUUGGGGCCUGGAGUUCUUUGUGGCUGCUUCUCAUCGGCAUCUUUGGUCUCAUGGGCAGGCCCCACCCUGCAGCUGGCUGACACUGAGAACCCAGGGCCUGGGGUUGGCAGCCAAGCCCCCAGCUCUUUCCAGCCUGGGCUUUCCUUGCGCCUGCUGUUCAGGCCAGGCCUGGCAGGGAGGCCUCCCAUGCACUCUUGACUGAGCAGCAGCAGCAGGCACACCCCUGGAUGUGAUCUGGAGGCCCCAGCUCACUGGCUGUCACCUCCACCUUCUGCAUUGCAGAGUAGGGGAGGCUAGUGCAGAGGCUGCACCAAGGCCACUGGCUUCCGUGCAGUACAGCCUCCUUGGGCAGUAGCAAACAGAGCUCCAAGCUGGGGCCCUGCUGGGUGGGUGCUCAGGGCUGGUGGGGAGCGGGAGGUGAUUCCCUGGAUGUGCCUUUCCCCAAAUGGAUCCCAUGAAAGGGCAACACGUGGGCAGACUAGCCCCAAACUAAGCUCAAGGCAUCAAUUGCCCUCUUGCACCCAGGCCAGCUCUGGCAUUUCCCAGGGUACUGCUGGGAUACCCGAUGCUGCUGUGCCUUGCAGCGCCUGUGCCUGCAGCGCUGAUUUCAGUGUGCCAGGCGCCCAGGCACAGCUGCCUGAGGGUGCUCACUGCAGGGCCUCAUGGAAAUGCACCCAAUCCCCCUGCACAACCAUCCUCCAGGGAGCCUGGUACUGGAGAGGCCAGCUUUAUUUAGAUUUCUUGCUUGUGUAUGUAUGAUGUAGGUGUGUAUACAUGUUUGGGUGUGUGUGCAGUGCAGUGUAGUGUGUGCGUGUGUGUAUGUUUGGAUGUUUGUGUGUGGAAGGGUGUAGGGGUGUGGUUUGUGUGUACAUUUGAGAAGGUGGGGAUGGACGGUUGUGUGUGGUGUAGGGACAUGUUUGUCUGUGGUGUGUGUGUACAUGUUUGUGAGUGGGAUGUGCGUGUAUGUUUGUGUGUACAUCUUUGGGGGUGAGAUGUAUGUGGUUUGUGUGUGCGCAUGUUCAUGAAGACUGGCUGCUCUGUGUGGAUAUUUAAUGUAUGGAUUUUCACAAUGUUUAUAAAAUACUCAGUUAUAGGGGAAAAAAGCCAUUUUUUUUUGCAGAGGGAAGAGGUAAAACCAUGACAUAUGCUCUUCCCCUCACUCCAGGCUCUAAUGGAAAUUCACCCCAUCCCCUCUCAAAGCACAAGGCCCAGUAGCCCCCGUUCUGAGCUGCUCUGGCAGGGAGGAAAAGAGCCCAGAGUUUGGGGGCGGGGCCUUUCACCCAGUAUUAGCUUAAGGGAACCCACGUGAAUGUGACGGGAGGGCUGCAGUGCCUCCUGCCAUGGAUGAGUCUGGGACUGAAGAAGGGGGUCACAGCGGAAUGCCACCAUGUUAUAGAAGCAGCUAUGCUUGCGGGGGCCCUGUCUGGGGUGGGGGCUGCAGGGUCCAGCCAUUCCCCCCAUUGCCUGGCACCCCCCGCCAUGGGGAAUUGGAGAUGGCUACUUAUUGUGUGUUAAGGAAAUACCCAUGCCAGGGUGGGAGUCAGCAUGGUACCCAUGUAUGCACACCAAGGCAUCCUGCCCACUGCCAACACCAGCAAUAAAGGACACCAGCUACACCUGCCAUUGUGUUUGUGUGUGCGUGCGUGGGGGCCACAUUCACCAAGGGAAGAGGGUGCCUCUGCCAGUG